AUGCUGCGCAUACCACGAUUAUCCGACAUGGUCGUCAUGACCAAGCGCGCUCUCAGCCCGACUGACGGCUCCGAGAAGACCAAAGCUGCUAUUGUUGUUGGUAGUGUUGGUGCCGUUCUGCUCUUUGCCAUCAUCCUUUUCUUUGUGCUCCGAAGUAUUCGACUACCCAAGAAUAUCCGACAGGCCCAGGCCGCAGCCCGCGCUCACGCGAGAUCUCAAAGACCCCGACGAUCAUGGAUCCAAACCAUCCUCUCGCCUUUCCGUCGCAAUGACCGCCCAUCCGCUAGUACUGCCACUCGAGAAAUGACCCAAGACCCCGAGGCCGCAGUCAAUAGGCACACGAGUAUCCGUAGUAUCGCCACUCUCCCUGCCUACUCUGCCGUGCCUCUUGAAAAUGAGGGUGUUCUUGGUCGCGAAGGUGAAAGAGCAGGCAUGGACACAGUCGUAGAGUUUCCUGAAACCACCGAGGAGGAAGAAGGCAGAAGAGAAGCCGAGAUGGAGUCUCUCUGGCAGAUUCGUCAGCAACGCAGACAAGAGGCCGCUGAAAGAGAAGACCGUAGGCGUCGUCGACGCGAAGCACGUGCUCGAGGAGAUCUGGAGGCUCUCAGCGCUCUGCGACACGAGACGGCUCUACGUGUUACUCUGGAGCGUGCCAACGGCUCAAGUUCCAUGAUUGCCGAGCACAACGCCAGGCCUCGAGAGAGAAGGAUCAGCGCAGUUUCGUAUGGUGACUUGGGCGUUGCUCGCCAUGAUGGCUCGCGUGUGCGCGCGAACUCUACCGAGUCUGAUAGCCGCCCUCUGCUCAAUGACGCCUCUCGUGUAGGCAGUACCAACCCUCUUCGACCUUGGCUAUCCCGCGCUUCUUUCUCUACCCAUCAUCGGAUGGCUUCUGCCACAUCCGUUGUGACUACUGAUAGCGCAGACCAAGAUGACAGUGACUUUGAGGUCAUUUCCCUUCAACACACUUCCUCUCGUCCACGCUCAUCGCGAGCUCAUUCUCGAGCCCAUUCCAUCAACCUGAGCCUUCGAAGAACUUCGACAACACAAGUGAACCAGCUUCCUCGAGCCGAUGGUGAUUUGGGUGAGAGCCGAAUCCCUCUCCCUGAGCUACCACGAUAUGAUGCCAUGGGUUUUGAAGAAGCCCCUCCCUACGAAGAAAUUCAUUCAGCACGACCAUCCCUUUCGAGGGCAAAUAGCCAAACACGAAGAAGUGAGAACAGCAGUCCACUGUCUUCCCUGCCCGAGAUUGUCCGUCUCCCAAGCAUUCGCAUCAAUGAGGCAUCCCCUACCGAGUCCCCUCGUCAAUUCAACUUCCCAGCCAACCCCAGGCCAACAACUGCAUCGACGAUCGAUGAAGAAACGACCAUUUAA